AUGUCGCAGCCCGCGAAGAGGAAGCUGGAGUCGGGGGGCGGCGAGGAGCCGGGAGACGAGCGCGGCGGGGAGCCAGGGGCGGCCCCGCCGCGGCCCCGCCGGACGAAGCGGGAGCGCGACCAGCUGUACUACGAGUCCUACUCGGACAUCUCGGUGCACGAGGAGAUGAUCUCGGACCGCGUCCGCACCGACGCCUACCGCCUGGCCAUCCAGCACAACCGCGCGGCGCUGCAGGGCAAGACGGUGCUGGACGUGGGCGCGGGCACCGGCAUCCUGAGCAUCUUCUGCGCGCAGGCCGGGGCCCGCCGCGUGUACGCCGUGGAGGCCAGCGCCAUCUGGCAGCAGGCGCGGGACGUGGUGCGGCUCAACGGCCUGGAGGACCGCGUGCACGUCCUGCCGGGCACGGUGGAGACGGUGGAGCUGCCCGAGCGGGUGGACGCCAUCGUGAGCGAGUGGAUGGGCUACGGGCUGCUGCACGAGUCCAUGCUGAGCUCGGUGCUGCACGCGCGCGCCAAGUGGCUCAAGGAGGGCGGCCUGCUGCUGCCCGCCUCGGCCGAGCUCUUCGUGGCGCCCAUCAGCGACCACAUGCUGGAGCUGCGCCUGGGCUUCUGGAGCCAGGUGCAGCAGAGCUACGGCGUGGACAUGAGCUGCCUGGAGGGCUUCGCCACGCGCUGCCUCAUGGGCCGCUCGGAGCUCGUGGUGGAGGGCCUGAGCGGCGAGGACGUGCUGGCGCGGCCGCAGCGCGUGGCCCGGCUCGACCUGGCCCGCGCCGGCCUGGAGCGGGAGCUGCAGACGGGCGUGGGCGGCCGCUUCGCCUUCAGCAGCUACGGCUCGGCGCCGCUGCACGGCUUCGCCCUCUGGUUCCAGGUGACCUUCCCCGCCGGGGAGGCGGAGCAGCCGCUGGUGCUGUCCACGUCGCCCUUCCAGCAGGCCACGCACUGGAAGCAGGUGCUGCUCUACCUGAACGAGCCCGUGCCGGUGGAGCAGGACACGCGCAUCUCCGGGGAGAUCACGCUGCUGCCCUCCCUGGACAACCACCGGCUCCUGCGCGCGCAGCUGCGCUACCGGGUGGACAGCCAGGAAGAACAGACCAAAGACUUUGCCAUGCCCGAGUGA